UCCAAUAGAUGGCAGUAGUGCAACAAUAAUGGAGGCAAGCUGCCGCUAAAACCUAAAGAAGAAGAAGAAGUUAGUGUGGCUCUGAUCUGAAGCAUGUUUUUCAGAGCUCCUGAAAGUCUGAUGCAGUUCUUAUUGUGAGUGUUGUCCUUUCAAUGUUUGAUAGUCUCGCACUUUUCUCGGAAACAUGUAUUUAACCGCGAAAUGCUGCAGGUCAGUCAUGGCUGUCAGACCAAAUACAUUUUAUCCGAGGAGGACCUGCGUGCUGUUUUCAACUAGCGUUAGUCCGGCUGACGGAGGGAGGUCGGGGUCGGGGUCACAGAAACGACGGAAAAAAAGGCAGAAGAAAGCGGCUUGGACCGGCGACCUGUCCUGGGAGGAGAGGCUGGCCGAUGCGGUCACCCCUCUCUGGAGGCUGAGCUACGAGGAGCAGCUGGAGCUCAAGCAGAACAAUCAGCGGAAGAUCCUGUCUGAACUCUCAGAAUCUCUUUCGGCUGACCUCAGGUCAGGUUUUCCAACACCUGCCUCGGCUAAACUCAACUUCACUGUCCUGCCUGUUCUGCCCUCCCCAGUCAGGGAUGGCUACCGCAACAAAUCCACGUUUUCUGUCAACAGAGGAGUGGAUGGGAAUCCAAAAACAGUUGGAUUCUACCUAGGAACGGCCAGUCGUGGAAACAUCGUCUGUGUGAACGGGGAUCACCUACUCAACAUGCCGGAGAAGCACACACUAGUAGCCAGGUAUUACCAGGACUUCAUCCGCCAAUCCUCUCUGGAGCCCUGCCUGCUGUUUCACACCGGGGGUCACUGGAGAGAGGUCACGGUGAGGACCAAUGCGCAGGGACACACCAUGGCUAUAGUGUAUUUCCACCCACAGAUGAUGACCGCAGAGGAAGUGGCUGUUCAUAAGGCUGAGCUGGUGGAGUAUUUCUCAAGGGGUCCUGGAUCGGUCUGUCAGCUAGACUCCCUGUUCUUCCAGGAAAGCACCAUGACUCGCUGCACGCAUGAGGAAUCCCCCUACCAGCUGCUGCACGGUCAGCCAUAUUUGUAUGAGGAGGUGCUGGGCUUCAAGUUCCGCAUAUCUGCCGAUGCUUUCUUCCAGGUGAACCAGGCAGCUGCUCAGGUGCUGUAUAACACGGUCAGAGACCUGUGUGUCCCAGGAGCAGCGCAGUCAAAAACAGGAAGCACUCUGCUCGAUGUGUGCUGCGGCACAGGCGCCAUCGGCAUCAUCUCUUCUCCCAGAGUGGACAGGGUCGUCGGUGUCGAGAUCGUAGAGCAGGCGGUGAGAGAUGCCGCGCACAACGCCACUCUCAAUGGCGUAGAAAACUGCGAGUUUCUCCCCGGUAAAGCAGAGGUGGUGCUCCCUGCUCUCAUGUCUCGGUUGAGCUCUGCACCCGGAGCCCUUACCGCCGUGGUGAAUCCGUCUCGAGCGGGCCUCCAUCCCAAAGUAGUCAGAGCGCUGAGAAACCAAGUGGCUAUCCGCAGACUGGUCUACGUUUCCUGUAAGCCGGACGGAGAGGCGAUGAGGAACUUCAAGGAGCUUUGCUGUGCUCCUGAUCAAGAAAAGAAGCUCACAGGAGAGGCUUUUUCUCCCACUCUGGCUGUCCCUGUGGACAUGUUCCCACAUACUCCCCACUGUGAACUGGUGCUUCUGUUUGAGAGGUAGCGGGUGUCAUUUUUUCGCCAGAUUAAUUUAUUGCUACAUUAUUUUAAUAUGUAUGUUUUCAGAACUCUGUGGUGAUAUAACGAUCCUUUAAAUUAUUAUGUUUUUAAAUAAAGACAUUCUCAUGUUUGCUCAUUGA